ACAAAAUAAAGCCACCCAAAAGCACCAUAAACAUCAUAUAUCAUUCAAGGAGAAACAAAAAUGGUACUGCUAGAGAAGCUGUGGGAUGACGUAGUGGCCGGCCCUCAACCGGAGCGUGGCCUUGGCCGGCUUAGGAAGAUCACCACCACCACUCAGCCCUCGUCGACCAAAGAUGAAGCUUCGAAUCCUGGGACUCCGACGACACCGACGACGCCGGUGUCGGUGCGUAGGGAGAACGUGUGGAGGAGCGUGUUCAACCCGGGUAGCAACCUUGCUACCAAAGGUAUCGGUGCUGAAGUCUUCGACAAGCCUCAACCAAACUCUCCUACUGUUUAUGAUUGGCUUUACAGUGGGGAGACCCGGAGCAAGCACCACCGCUGAAGGCGGCGGGAGAACCUCUAGAAGAAGGUUGCAUUUCACUGAACCGAGUUUAGCAGUAAGAUC